GCCGCAGCCAAGCAAUUUGCGUCUCUCGACACUUUUUUCCAUCGGGUCUCCGAAGUCACGUCCCCCAACCAGCCCAUCUGUCUUGCUGGUUGUCCGUCACCAUGGCCACUCUUGGUACUCUCAACCCUUACGGGCAUCUCGCUCGGUCAGCCCGGACCGGCAUCACCUACAUCCCUCGCCGCACCUUGACCUAUACUGUCCCUCGCCGUGCCCAAGAAAAUGGUGACAAUGGAAACAAAGAACCUCAAUCGAAGUCGGGCGCCUUUUCGUCCAUCAAGAACUUCUUCUUCGGCGGGAAGUCCGACGCAAAGCCCACCGUCCACCGGAGGACAGCCCCCCAGAAGCGAGAGGGUAGCCUGAGUGCGGACUCGAUUUUUGCGGAGGACGAGGCAACCCCCAAGCUGAUUGCAUCUGGUCGCACACCGGCUGCCCGUAAACAGGAGGCUGAACCUGCCGAGGGAGAAGAGGUUCAGACUAGCGUGGAACACCGGAACCGAGACAAUAUGCAGAUGGUGUUAGAUCCUCGUCCCGAGGCACGUAUUCGUUGGGAGCGUAAGAUGGUCGUCCGGGAGGUUCGCCGUCGAGGACGUCUGUCAAAGCCCGAACAGAUCAUGCGCACGGAGCGCGAAUCGGUCUCCAAGUCGCACUGGUUCAAGACUUCCGUCAAGAAGCUUGGUCCCCUGGCCCGCCAGAUCGCCGGAAAGAACAUUGACGAAGCCAUGCUACAAAUGCGUUUCAGCAAGAAGAAGGCUGCCAAGGAUGUUCUUGAGCACCUCAAGCAUGCGAAGAACGUUGCCGUCGUCCGCUCCGGCAUGGGUCUUGGUGCCGCCGAGGCGACCAUCCGCAAGCCCAUCACGAUCACUCUGAAGUCCGGCGAGCGUAAGACUAUCACCGACCCGACCUCCAUCUACAUCGAGCAGGCGUGGGUCAACCGCGGUCCAUAUGGCGUGGAUUACGAUCACCGUGCCAGAGGCCAGAUCAACCUCCUCCGCCCGCCGUACACAUCUCUGUCGGUCGUCCUGAAGGAGGAGAAGACACGGAUCCGGGAGUGGAAGGACCGUGAGGCUGUGUCGCAACGCAAGCGCAAGACUCAGCUCUGGACACAGCUGCCUGACCGGAAGAUCACUGCUCAGAACCAGUACUACAGCUGGUAAGCUUUUUUCUCCCGACGUUUAUCUCCGGCCUUGUCUCGGCAAAUGAUGGGUUUUCUUCGGCGUUUGUCUCUUGUAUUAUUCUAGACCGUUAGCACUCCACCUGGCGGGUAACUCAGCGCAUGUUCAUUAUUCUUUCUAUUUGCGGCAUUUCUUUGGAUCUCAACGCGGUUUCCCCAUCUCCUCGUCUCUUUGGGUUGUUCUCUUGGCCCAGCCUGCUCAGAUUAUUCGUGAUGGAUGACGCGGAGCCAACAUCUCAAGGAGCCUGUAGUGGACAGAGCUCAACACAUGUACAAUAUUGAAAUAUACAACACAUAUCUACAUGCUC